CUCAGCUCAUUUCUCAGUCUGAUUUGGUGAGGUUGAGUCUGCCGGUACAGCUGCAGUCCUCCCAGUCCUGUUUCCUUCACGUUACAUCCGUCCAGAUCCCACCGGAGAACCGCCACACUGUGAGCAUCACACCAUCAGACCCACCACGACAAUGGAGUACUCGAUCCGCGCGGCCAACGUGGAGGACUGCAAGGACAUCGCGCGCAUGAUUGUGGAAUUGGCUGAAUAUGAGAAAAUUGCAGACCAUGUGAAAAUCACACAGAGAGAUUUGGAGCAGGACGGCUUCUCCAAGAACCCGUUCUUCCACGGGAUCAUCGCUGAGGUGCCAGAACAGCACAAAACCAAAGAAGGCCAUACGAAGAUAGGCUAUGCACUUUACUUCUAUUCCUACAGCUCAUGGAUGGGCAGAGCCAUUUAUAUGGAGGACUUGUACGUGAUGCCUGAGUUCAGAGGGAAGGGGAUUGGUAAAGCACUUAUGAGCAAGGUAGCACAGCUGGGUCUGGCUGCCGGCUGCAACCAGCUCAACUUCACCGUCCUGGACUGGAACAAAUCAUCAAUGGACUUUUAUCACAGCCAGGGCUGCUUCGAUAUUACGGCUAACAUGGGCUACCACUGUAUGCGCUGCGAGGGAGAGGCACUGGAGCACCUGGCCCAACCCUAACCCUACACGUGACAGCAUGACCUUUGCAACCAUGAGGUCAACCCAUACAGUGCAGGGAUAGAGCACCACUCAGUGGCCCCGUUCCAAAACUUGACAAUGACAAUCAUGAAGCCGAUUUCUCGAAAAGCAGAUCAUUAAAAUAACUGACAGUUUGUUAAGCCCCGCCUCCCUAGUUAGUUUAGUUUUCCCUGCUAGCGCAGCACUUAUGCUGUUUGCAGUGAUAACAGUGGCAGAUUUACCACCUGAAAUAAAUAAAAAAAUCAGACUUUAGUUUCACAUAGAGGUAAACAAAAGCAGGCUUCUCAUGUACAAGCUUUUUUUGUCGGUUGAAAAAAAGGCAGAUUUUAUUCGCUGGAGUUUACUAGUGUUAACUCAUCAACACUGAAAAUGAAAACCAUGUAAAAUACAAUGGUUCAUAUAUGAUUUCAUACUAAGAGACUGAAGCUAAAACUACUUGUUCCAGGCAAAAACAGCACAGCAUCCUUGAUGAUCUAUGUAGAAGACAUGGAAAUAAAGAGCCAUAUUUGUCUUUCAGUUAAGAGAUAGUAAGCCAUGUUAUAGAAUAGUAUUACAGAUAAAAAUGCAAUUAAAAUUUUAAUUGUUCUUAUACAAA